GAGGCCUGUGCAGCACCGUGGGCCUCUCCUUGCGCGUCACCUCGAGAGGGCCCCUGGUGGCGUCCACCGCUGCUGCCAUGCGGUUCUCACGGCCCUUUCCUCCUGCAGAGAGUCAAGAAGGAUGUGGACAAGGGCACCCAGCACUCGGACAUGUUCCUGCUCAGGCCGGAGGACGGCAAUGAAGGCAAGUGGCUCUGGAGCCGCAUCCACCCUUCUGGAGUCAAGCCCAGCCCCAGGUCCGGCUUCUCGGUGGCCGUGGCCCCAAACCAGCAGACACUGCUCUUCGGAGGGGUGUGUGACGAGGAAGAGGAGGAGCGCCUGGAGGGCGACUUCUUCAACGACCUGCACUUCUAUGACGCCAACAAGAACCGCUGGUUCGUGGGGCAGCUGAAGGGCCCCAAGUCGGACAGGAGGAGGCCAAGGCGGGGGAGAAAAGAGGCCCUGGAAGGAGCCUGUGAGCCUGCGCACGGGGGUACCAGCACCCCGCAGCCUCUGGAGGUGGUCAGAGAGCUGGUGGCCGAGGACGGGACUGUGGUCACCAUCAAGCAGACGCUUCCGGCCCCAGCUCCGGCGGCACAGCCCCAGGAGGAGGACGAGGACAGUGCUGGGGGGGCCGGUGGCCCUGAGGUUGGGCCCAGCCCACGCUCUCACGCUAUGCUGGCCGUGAAGCACGGCAUACUCUAUCUCUAUGGGGGCAUGUUUGAGGCUGGUGACCGCCAGGUCACCCUCGGGGACCUGUACUGCCUGGACCUGCACCGGAUGGAGGAGUGGAAGGUCCUGGUGGCCCUGGACCCUGACACUCAGGAGUGGCUGGAGGAAACGGACUCAGACGGGGACAGCGAGGAAGCCGAGAGCUCCGAGGACUCAGAGGAGGACAGCGGGGGGCAGGAGGAAGAGCCCCAGCACACGGAGCUGGCGCCAGAGAGAGAGCACGCACAGCACGGGGCCCGGCCCCCAGCGCCCUGCCCAGGACUCGGCACUGCCAGGUGAAGGCCACCAGUGAGCAGCGGCGGCAGAGCAGCGUGGCGGCAGGUUGCCGGGCUGUCCCUGGAUCCCCUUCCUUUCCUCUGGCCGUGCGCGGCUCGCGUGACCCUGCUGUAAUAAAAGCCGGCUUCCUGGGCCUCGUGGGUUCUUCCUGCUGCAGGUUCUGAUGAACCCCCUGCUUGUUAAGCAGGAUGUGGCUGCUGUGAUGCCGGAAGUCACCACAGCCAGCAAGGGUCCACCACAUUGCUGGUCUGAGUUCUCUGUAAGGGAAGUCCCCCUCUGCCUGCCGGCCUCUGCUGUGGGUCUGCUCCGUGGGUCUCAGGACAUUCCCCUGUCCCUGGUAGGCUUUUGGGAAUGUGCCCUGCAGGUACGCGGCGGCUGUUGGCAGAAGGCACUAGGUGGGAGGGAAGGCAAGGCAGCGUUCAUCUCCCUGCCAGCCCUCACGCGC